GUGGCAAGUGGCCUCCAGGUGCAAGCGCUGUGCUCCUGGACGGCCAAGACGGACAACCACCUGAACUUCUCCAAGGAUGACAUCAUCACGGUGCUGGAGCAGCAGGAAAACUGGUGGCUGGGGGAGCUGAAUGGGAAGGCAGGUUUUGUGGCAGUUAAAAAUCAUUUGGCCAUUCUGUCUCUCAUCCAAUCAGAGUAUGUAGCCUUAUAUACCUAUGAAAGCCCAGAGUCAGGAGACCUCACUUUCAACGAAGGAGACACCGUCGUUGUGACGGAAAGAGAAGGGGACUGGUGGAAAGGGUACAUCGGAGACAGGAGUGGAGUCUUCCCCUCCAACUACGUAACGCCAAAGGAAUCUGAAACAUAUAGCACCACUGGAAAGUCAGGUGGAGUCGGCAAAAAGCCAGAGGUUGCCCAAGUGACGACUGCGUACACGGCCACCGGAGCGGAGCAGCUGAGCCUGGCCCCGGGACAGCUUAUCCUCAUCCAGGGCAAGAACCCAUCUGGGUGGUGGCAAGGGGUUCUGCAGGCUAGGGGUAAAAAACGCCAGAACGGAUGGUUCCCCGCCUCCCACGUCAAGCUCUUGGGCCCCACCAGUGGGAAGUCCACACCAGCUCCAGUUCCAAUUUGCCAGGUCAUCACCAUGUACGACUACAAGGCGGGCAACGAGGAUGAGAUGAGCUUCUCCAAAAGUCAACUGAUCAAUGUGCUGAACAAGGACGAUGCUGAUUGGUGGAAAGGGGAGCUGAAUGGCGUCGUCGGCUUGUUCCCCACCAAUUACGUCAAGAUGACCACGGAGUCCGAUCCCAGUCAACAAUGGUGUGCUGACCUGACCAGCCUGGACACCAUGAGUCCGCAGGAGAGGAAGCGACAGGGUUACAUCCACGAGCUCAUUGAGACGGAGGAGCGAUACAUGGCUGACCUUCAGCUGGUCCUGGAGGUGUUUUACAAGCCCAUGUCUGAGUCGGGACGCCUGACAGAUGUUGAAAUGGCCAUGAUCUUCGUCAACUGGAAGGACCUGAUUAUGUCCAACACCAAACUUCACAAGGCACUGAGGGUGAGGAAGAAAACGGGUGGCGAGAAGAUGCCGGUGCAGAUGAUUGGGGACAUCCUGGCCUCGGAGCUCUCGCACAUGCAGGCCUACAUCCGCUUCUGCAGCUGCCAGCUUAACGGUGCAGCCCUGCUGCAACAAAAGACUGACAAGGAACCCGAGUUCAAGGACUUCCUCAAGAAAAUCGCUACAGAUCACCGGUGUAAAGGUAUGCCACUGUCCAGCUUCCUGCUGAAGCCUAUGCAGAGAAUCACCCGCUAUCCACUCAUCAUAAAGAACAUUCUCGAGAACACUCCAGAGAAUCACUUGGACCAUGGACACUUGCGGGAGGCUCUGGACAGGGCCGAGGAGCUCUGUCUGCAGGUCAACGAGGGGGUCCGGGAGAAGGAGAACUCCGACAGGUUAGAGUGGAUUCAGAGCCAUGUCCAGUGUGAAGGCAUCACUGAGAACUUGAUAUUCAACUCCUUGACCAACUGCCUGGGUCCCCGAAAGCUGCUACACAGCGGCAAGGUCUAUAAAACUAAGAGCAACAAGGAGUUAUACACCUUCCUCUUCAAUGACUUCCUGCUGCUCACCCAAGCAGUGAAGCAGUUCACCUCAUCAGGGACGGAUAAGCUCUUCAGUCCCAAGUGCAACAUGCAGUUCAAGAUGUACAAGAACCCCGUGUUUCUAAAUGAAGUUCUGGUGAAGAUGCCCUCCGAUCCGUCUAGCGAUGAGCCAAUCUUCCACAUCUCCCACAUCGACCGUGUUUAUACUCUCAGGACAGAGAACAUCAAUGAGAGGACUGCCUGGGCGCAGAAAAUCAAAGCUGCUUCAGAACAUUUCAUAGAGACUGAGAAGAAGAAGCGAGAGAAAGCUUACCAAGCUCGUUCCCUGAAAACCAGUGGCAUUGGCCGCCUGCUGGUCACUAUUUUGGAGGCCACAGAGCUCAAGCCCUGCAAGCCCAAUGGAAAGAGUAAUCCAUAUUGCGAGGUGACCAUGGGGGCACAGUGUUUCACCUCCCGGACAAUAAAUGACACAAUCAACCCCAAGUGGAACUUCAACUGUCAGUUCUUCAUUAAGGACCUGUACCAGGAUGUUCUAUGUGUCACCAUCUUCAAGAGGGACCAGUUCUCUCCCGAUGACUUCCUGGGCCGCACUGAAGUUCCUGUGGCCACCAUCAAGAAGGAGCUGGAAAACAAGGGAGCAGCGACAAGGCGCCUGCUGCUGCACGAGGUGCCGACAGGCGAGGUGUGGGUGCGCCUGGACCUGCAGCUGUUCGACCAAAAAUCUCUCAAAUGAGGCGACGCGGAUUGGUGCCAUGCCAUACGCCCCCCGCCCCGCCCCCGCCUCCACCCCGCUUCCCAAGACAAACGGACAGAGCUGAGGCUUCCUGACGAGAUGCUCAUUCCGAUCCCCGGAACCAGCGGCAAGCAUCAGCAGAGCAGGUUCUAGGCUGAUGCCACGGGCAGUCCGGCUCCAGCACAGACAGGGUUCUGCCACGUUCACUCGCCAGGUGGCGUCUGUGAGCUGAGAGCUGUAUGCCAGUGCUGCUGGAGACCGUCUGGACUCCUGAGUACUUCUGAUAAUGUGGACGUUUGACACAAAUGCAAAA